AUGUCUGCGUUUCUUCGUGGUGGUCGUCUGGCUUUGGCUCCUAUCAAGAUUGGCAUGCCGUCCCUUUCCCCCACUAUGGACAGUGGCAGUAUCAUUCAGUGGCACAAAAAGGAGGGAGAUGAAGUGGCCCCGGGUGAUCUUCUUUGCGAGGUCCAAACUGACAAGGCCGUUGUUGGCAUGGAGGUCGAUGAGGAGGGUAUAAUGGCCAAAAUCCUUCAACCUGAGGGUAGCGUUAACAAAGUCGGUGACAUCAUUGCAGUAUUGGCCAGCGCCGACGAGGACUGGCAGGUGGUAAGAGAGAAUGCGGAAGCUUUCGUUGCCUCUCUGGGUGGUGGUGGUGGCAGCAGUAGUGAUGAUGCCGUACAAACCACUGAGUCUUCUGUACCUUCGACCCCUGCAUCUACCCCUGCUGUUCCUGCGUCCGCCGGCAAACAGCUGCCCAUCGGUCCCGCUGUUCGUCUUCUCCUCUCUUCCUACGGUCUCUCGCCCCAACAGAUAACUGGGACUGGGCCCAAAGGGACGGUUCUCAAGGGGGACGUUCUGGCGUACGUGACAAGCAAGGGCCUACAGAAAGUGCCUCAAGUGGCGUCGUCAGUUUCAGGCAAGCCAGCAACGGCUGGACCGGCCACUGUCCCAAGCCGUGGACCUGCUGUUUUGAGCUCCGGCUAUGUCGACAUCCCCGUGGAUGAAAUGCGCGAGAUCAGUGUGAAACGUCUCACUGAGUCAAAGGCUACUAUCCCGCACGUCUACACCAGCGCCACCUUUACUGUAGAUCGUCUCUUCGCUCUACAGAAAGCCAUCAAUAAGGCCCAGCUGGUCGACUCUAGAAUUUCUAUCAAUGAUCUUGUUCUCAAGGCCUGUGCCUAUGCUUUGCGGUUGGUACCCGAGGUGAACGGUACUUCAACGGCAAACGGGACGGUGUUCCACCGGGCUGGUGAGGUAGACAUAUGCGUUACCAUCUCCACACCCUCUGGCUGUAUCACUCCUACCGUCAGGUCUGUCGACCAUCUUCCCAUCUCGAAGAUCUCGGCCCGCGUCAAAGACCUCACCACUCGGGGAUUUGAAAAUAAACUCAAGCCUGAGGAGUUCACCGGUGGCUCUUUCACUCUCUUAAAUCUGGGCAUGUUUGGAGUGCGCGAGUUCUCGUCCAUCAUCUGCCCACCCCAAGUGGCCUCUUUGGCCGUCGGCAGUGGCCAGAGUCGCCUUCGCCUCUCGCCCAGCGGUGAUUUUGAGACCGUGACCACGCUGACCCUCACUCUCUCCGCUGAUGCGCGUUUUGUCGAUGAGGUGACUGCGGCCCGGUUCCUCCGUCACGUGCAGAACUAUCUUGAGUCCAACCCUGAGGGCCUUUUUGAGGACGAUCCACUUCUGGCCGCCAAGGCAGGCUGCCGCGACCUCUCCGUUAUGGCCUUCUGA